UCUAUGUGCCCUGUUCUCUUUCACUUGCUUGCGCUAAUCCUUUUGUUUGGGGCUGAGGGGCCCAGGCUUUCACUAACUAACUACGUAGCAUUGUAAGGAUUGGACCAACUCAAGGGUGCCUGCUGAGAUCUCGUUUUCCAUCCACUCAACCUGACUUUUUCUUCUCUUGAUUUUCUUGUCUAUGUUUCUUAUCCAUCACUUUCUUGGUUAGUCCUAUUCCCCGUCCUCAGGGCUUGAGGAAGGCUAUCCACGCUGUUGGGAACAUGCGCUUUUGGAGCUCAGCUCCAUGUUUGGUGCUCCUGCUGCAUCUUUGUGAGCUGGGGAGAGUCACAGGAGGUAAAGCACAGGACCAGCAGUAUCUGCAGGAGACUCUUAGGGCUUUGGGUCUACCUUUGGGGAGUGAUGAGAAACCUACACUCCAGAAGAACAGGACUGGUCUACUGAUCACUAAAUUGCUCCAGGAUGUGCACUGUGCAGAGAGGACAGGCAUCACACAGGACAUGUGUGAGAAAUGCCUGACACCAAACGUGGCCCUCUCAGUGCUUGACGAUGACAGGAUUGAACUGACAGAAGAAGAUUACCACAAGAUCUCAACUGUCCUGCUGUAUUACAUAAUUAACUUGAAGGAUCUGUGUGUUUCAAACAUCGGCCCCCCAUCAGCCCUUCCCUCCUCAUCUGUGAACUUACAGUUCUAUCUGCUGCAAUUCACUAGCCUGAAUCCAAAUGAAAACAAUCAGUUCCUGUCAUACAGCGAGACAGAGAGCAUUCUGUGGCUCAUCAACCAGCACUACAAUCCCUCCAACGAGGAGAUGCGUGAUUUCCAAUGUAUUCACUCAGCUCAUCUUCUCGAAGAGAUGGAUGUAGAUGGAAAUCCUGGUGCAAGAGUGGCAGACGUUCCCAAAGUAGCAGCAGCUAUAAUCAGCCACAUCCUACAGGGACACUGCUUUGCACCGAGGAGCCUCCCAUCCCCUGACUUCUUCAUAGAUUACAUAUUUCAGUCGCUAAAUUGCUCUAAUAACCUAAAGAUCAUAGACCUGGAAGAGCUGCUUCAUCAGUUAGGAGAUGGGAAAGCAAUGCACUCUUACAAACAUGAGAAGACGGGCAUUAAACAAAGUUCACAUUUGCUACAAAACUUUAGCCACAACACUGAUGGAGACUGGACACAGGUGUGUUUCCCAGCCAACCAGUUGGUGGAUAUUUUUGCUCUUGACCCUCAUUUACCCAUUUCCAGGGAGCAAUUCCAACAAAUUUGUCCUGCUAUCAUUCAGCAGCUGCUAGGCAAUGCCUGUGGGUCACUACAGCAAAAUUCAAGAGGGUCGGUACCUACUGCUAUUGAGAAAUACGGCUACAGCACAGCUGCCGUCCUGAUCAUCACAGUUGGAUCCAUGUUUGGGAUCUGUCUGCUAUUCUUCAACUCCUGUCAGGAGACCUACACGCUCAUCCUGCAGCUGUUUGUGGGCCUGGCAGUGGGAACCCUCUCAGGUGACGCUCUCCUGCACCUUAUUCCACAAAUUCUUGCCCUACAUGACAGCACUCACAGUCAUGAUGACGUGCUCGCCAAUGAGGAUAAAGACUAUCUGUGGAAGAUCUUGGGCUUGAUUGCUGGGAUUUAUGGAUUUUUUCUCAUUGAAAGAAUAUUUUCCUUUUUAGCCCCUUCUCAUGGUCAUGGUCACUGCAGCGACCUUCCUCUAGACCUGAACUGUAAUGGUCAGUCUCAGAGGAGCAAAUCCAUUUCUACCAUCCAGUUGGGUUCAAUGGAAGAUGUAGAGGGCUCAGAAAUUUAUCCUAAACGUACAAAUACAGAAAGCACUCCUGGACAGAAACAAGGGGUUCCUGUGCUGGCUGUGAUGGUAAUUGUGGGAGACAGUCUUCAUAACUUUGCCGAUGGCCUUGUCAUCGGAGCGGCUUUCUCCUCAUCAGCCGAGACCGGCAUGGCAACCACUGUGGCCAUUCUGUGCCAUGAGAUCCCACACGAGAUUGGUGAGAGGGGACUUUGCGGUGUUGCUCAGCUCUGGGCUCUCAGUGAAGACUGCAGUGGUGAUGAACUUCCUAAGUGCCCUGACAGCUUUCAUGGGCCUUUAUGUCGGACUCUUUGUCUCUUCAGACACAGAUGUGCAGGAGUGGAUCUUCUCUGUCACGGCUGGGAUAUUUCUCUAUUUGUCCCUGGCAGAAAUGCUUCCAGAGAUGAAUCGAGUGAAGACCAACAGACCAUUUGUCAUGUUCCUCCUGCAGAACCUUGGUUUGCUUCUGGGCUGGACUUGUCUUUUGUUGCUUGCGCUCUUUGAACACAAACUCAAACUUUAAUUGCAACUGUCACACAAGAUUCAAUUGCAGCAGAUGCCGACUGUAUAUUUUGAUGUUUUCAUUUAUGCUUUUAAGUUAAUGAUUAACUCACAGAUACAAGCACCACUUCCUGGAGAAAAUUGUUCAAUCACGAUGUAAUAGCCACAGCGCUGGCUUGCGAAAAUAUGCUCUAUUUUCAUGAACAUUGAGACUUGUUCUAUAUUCUUGAUGAUUUAUAUUUUUAACACCUUGAUUUUUACUGUUAUUGAACUACAUACAAUGCCAGUCACUAUUAUUCAAAUAAAGUAAUUUUUAAAAUUC